AUGCCGCGGGCCCCAGAGGCCCCCCCGGUGCAAGUGUGGGUGGGCGGCCAGCUCUUCCAGGCCGAGCGGGCCCUGCUGGUGGAGCACUGUGGCUUCUUCCGUGGCCUUUUCCGCUCCGGCAUGCGGGAGACGCGCGCGGCCGAGGUGCGCCUGGGCGCGCUGAGCGCCGGCGGCUUCCACACCAUGCUGCAGGUGCUGCGCGGCGAGCGGCCGGCGCUGGCGGCCGCCGACGAGCUGCUGCAGGCCGUGGAGUGCGCCGCCUUCCUGCAGGCGCCAGCGCUGGCGCGCUUUCUGGAGCACAGCCUCACGUCGGACAACUGCGCGCUGCUGUGCGACGCGGCCGCCGUCUUCGGCCUGCACGACGUAUUCCACAGCGCCGCGCUCUUCAUCCGCGACGGCGCGCACGACCUGGCGGCUGAGCUGGCGCUGCCCGAGGCGCGCGCCUACGUAGCGGCGCUGCGGCCCAGCAGCUACGUGGCCGUGAGCACGCACACGCCAGCGCCCGGCUUCUUGGAGGACGCGUCGCGCACGCUGUGCUACCUAGAUGAGGAGGAAGACGCGUGGCGCACGCUGGCCGCUCUGCCCCUGGAGGCCAGCACGCUGCUGGCGGGUGUAGCCACGCUGGGCAACAAGCUGUAUAUCGUGGGUGGCGUGAGAGGCGCCAGCAAGGAGGUGGUGGAACUGGGCUUCUGCUAUGACCCGGCCAGCGGCACGUGGCGCGAAUUCCCCAGCCCGCACCAGCCGCGCUACGACACGGCGCUGGCUGGCUUCGAUGGCCGCCUCUACGCCAUAGGCGGCGAGUUCCAGAGGAUGCCCAUGAGCUCUGUGGAGCGCUACGACCCCGCUGCGGGUUGCUGGAGCUUCGUAGCCGACCUUCCGCAGCCGGCUGCCGGCGUGCCCUGCGCCCAGGCGUGUGGCCGCCUCUUCGUGUGUUUAUGGAGGCCGGCUGACACCACGGCCAUAGUGGAGUACACUGUGCGGGCCGACACGUGGCUGCCGGUGGCCGAGCUGCGGCGCCCGCAGAGCUACGGCCACUGCAUGGUGGCCCACCGCGAGAGCCUCUAUGUGGUGCGCAAUGGACCUUCCGACGACUUCCUACACUGCGCCAUCGACUGCUUCAACUUGGCCACGGGCCAGUGGACGGCGCUGCCUGGCCAGUUUGUCAACAGCAAGGGAGCUCUCUUCACAGCGGUGGUGCGCGGCGAUACAGUCUAUACGGUCAACCGCAUGUUUACACUGCUCUAUGCCAUCGAGGGUGGCACCUGGAGGUUGCUCAGGGAGAAGGCCGGUUUCCCAAGGCCCGGCUCCUUGCAGACCUUUCUUCUUAGGCUGCCUCCUGGCGCCCCGGGGCCUGUGGCCUCAACGACACCAGAACUGUGACCUUGGGCUGGUCUUAGGAGGGGAUAUCCCGGAGUCUUCACUGAGCCAUG